AUGAUCUUUAUUCAUCUUGAGAGCAGGAUGAGUGACAUGGACGCUAUUUGGCAGAUUUACCAGGGAGACAAGAUCGUCACGCGCUACAGCGAAGUCCAACGCCAAGCCGAGUCGUCUAGGCUGAAGUCGACGAGGGAAGGCACCUUUGCCAUGAUCCCAUAUGACUCUACUUUGGACAUCACCUUACACUGGAAUUUGACGGAUAUCCCAAAAACGACGCCGUUAACUGCGGGCAGCAAUUAA